AUGCAGAAUGACACCGGCGAAUUCGUGGAUCUGUACGCGCCAUGGAAAUGCUCUUCGAGCAACGGGAUCAUCGGGGCCAAGGACCACGCAUCCAGCCAGAUGAACUCGGCCGAGGCUGACAAGGUGACAAGCAGAUUCAAUGGCCAGUUUAAAACCUGUGCAAUUUGUGGAGCAAUUCAUAGAAUGGAGGAUUCUGAUGACUCCAUUCUCCGACUGGCAAGAAAUGAUGGUAUUGUUUCAAAGAGCUUCUAA